CCAAAGCUCGACAGCAAGAGACAGACAUCCAUCUGAACCGAAACAAGGUGGACGCACCCGGCCCUGGCGUUUGAACUACUCCAGGAUAAUGGCCAGCCAAACCAUCGACACCAGGUCCUUCGCGCUCAGCGCAGACCUCCAGCUCUCAUCGCCGUUCUUCACCCUCCUCCCGGCCGAGAUACGCAAUCUCAUUUAUCUUGAGUUUUGGAACCUCUCCGCUCGCCGAAAGCACAUCAUUCGCAAUGAAAAUCCGGAAAUGUCAGUCUCGGGGGCUAAAACGAAGCUGUGGUCGCAUGUCGGCUGCAUUGCAGAUCCUCGCGCCGAGGAUGUCCGGUUUGAGAAGUUUGCUACGGAGACAGACCCGGCCGAAAAGCGGGUUUGGAAGAAGAGGUUGCAGAGCGAAUGGUGCUUUCACUGGGCCUGUGAAGAGCGUCAUUCCCAGCCGCCCUCCGAGAGCGGGAUUGCUUCUGGAGUCCAGGGUGACCCUGAGGGAGCCAGGUCCAACCUCAUGGAUGUCCUGUUGACUUGUAAGCGGAUGUGAGUGGUAGCAACCCCUGAC